AUGCGUCUUCCUUCUUCGGCCGGCCCGUCCCUCCUCCUCCUCCCUCUGCUGGCGACUUCUGCCGUGGCAGCCCCCAGCCUCCGUCGUCCUGGACACAACGGUCGCACCACAAAGGUCUUCAACGGCGAGCGCCGCGCCGGUGCCCCGAUCGACCAGAUCCUCAAGGCUGCCAAGUUUGCUGCGGUUAAUGCCACCGAGGCUGACCCUUCAUCCUCCGUCGAGGCGGCUUCGUCCUCGCAGGGUGCCUCAAGCACCACUGUCGAGGCAGCGACCAUUACCGUGACUGCUGCGGACGCCAACCAGACCACGACCGCUGUCGUUGAUGACUCGUCGGCCAACUCGACUGCUACCGAGACUGUGUCUUCUUCCCCAGUUGAGCCCACCGAUAACGCCGUCAACGCCACUGCCACCAGUGUUGUUGACUCGACCGGCAACGUGACCGCCCAGGUUACUGCCACCGACUCUGCUACCGACUCUGCUACCGACUCUGCCACCGACUCGGCUGCCACCCAGUCGGUUGUGGGCGAGGAGACCACAUCGACCUCGUCUGCUGGUGUUUCAAAGCCCACGUACCCUAGCCGCAACACGACUGGAACCGACACCGUUCCCAACGCCCCGGACCUCAGCAACUCGGACGUCUCCUCUGCUCAGUCAAACGCCGCCGUGUACGAGACCCUCACGUACACCCAGUACGUCGCCACCACGGUUACCCAGACCUCGUCCGCUGUUGUUACCCAGGCAGCCGCGACCUCGUCUGCUGCUGGCAGCGACGACCCCUACGCGCAGGCUCAGCAGAUUGCCGCCCAGUACAUCUCGUCGAUGAUGAACCAGAACAUGGGCAAGUACCUCCCUACCGUCACCCUCGAGGUCGUGCUUGAGCCCACCCAGGAGGCCGAUGGCUCUUGGGACUACAUUGUUCACAUUGGCCCUGACGGAACGGCUACGGCUUCCCCAACCUUUGUGGCCAGCACAACCGCCGCUGCGACUCCCACUAGCUCGACUGGCUCGAGCUACGUGCCCCCAGUGACGACCGUUGCCGACCUCUCUGGCGGCGCUUCGGCAUCGGCGACCACUACCUCGUCGAACCAGUACCUUGUUCCGGCCUCCAGUGUCAACGUUAUCGCGGCGUCGUCAUCUACCGCCGCUCCCACGACAACUAGCGCUCCCGUCGAGGCCGAGGCCCAGGCCACCAGCUCGAGCGCAUCGUCGGCCCAGCCUGUUGCUACCACCUCGUCUUCCCAGUCGGCUGCGCCUUCUUCGGAUGCGUCGUCGAGCAACAACAGCAGUGCCGAUGGCUCGGGCGAUGACCAGACUGCCUCGACCGUCGACGGCUCGGAGCCCUCGGCCUCGCAAGAGUCGACCGACCCCACCGAGACGGCUACCCAGGAGGAGCCUACCCCCACCGAGGACGUCUCUUCGGCUGACCCAACGAGCGAGGCUGCCCCCAGCUCUUCGUCGUCGGCUGACGUUAUCGUUCCCUCGUACCCUCCCCACAUUAUCGCCACUUCGGCGUCGGCUGAGCCUACCCCCGAAGUGAGCGACUCUGUUGACCCAUCGACCUCGGCCUCGUCUGUCGACCCCUCCAGCACCGAGUCGGCUGCGGUUGUUCAGCCCACUGCCACCGUUGGUUCGGGCCACAACUACCCCUCGGGCGCUUUCCCUGCCGUCGACGAGUCUACCUCGGUUGAGCCCACCGCCACUGUUGACUCGACCGAGACUGGUUCGCCCGCUGUGGAGACUGCCAUUGUUGACCCAUCGGUCGAGCCCACUGUCACCGGAAACUCGACUGUCGUUGAGCCCACUGUCACCGGAAACUCGACUGUCGUUGAGCCCACUGUCACCGGCAACGCCACCGACGUUGAGCCUACUGCCACUGCUUCGCUCGAGCCCACUGUUACUGGCAACGCCACCGAGGUUGAGCCCACUGUCACCAGCAACUCUACCGAGGUUGAGCCUACUGUUACCGCUUCGCUCGAGCCCACUGUUACUGGCAACGCCACCGAGGUUGAGCCUACUGCUACCAGCAACUCUACCGAGGUUGAGCCCACUGUCACCGCCUCCGUCGAGCCCACCGUUACUGGAAACGCCACCGAGGUCGAGCCUACCCUCACCGCUUCGCUUGAGCCCACCUCAACUGGCAACGCCACCGAGGUCGAGCCUACUGUCACCAGCAACUCGACCGAGGUUGAGCCUACCUUCACUGCCUCUGUCGAGCCCACUGUCACCAGCAACUCGACAGACUUUGCGCCUACCGUCACUGCCUCUGUCGAGCCUACCGUUACCGGCAACGCCACCGAGGUCGAGCCUACUGUCACCAGCAACUCGACUGACGUUGGGCCUACCGUUACCGCUUCGCUUGAGCCCACCACCACCGGAAAUGUGACCGAGGUUGAGCCAACUGCCACCGCCAACUCGACAGAGUCCACGGCUAGCGUUGAGCCCACUGCCACUGUUGACAACUCGACCUCUUCGGCUGUCCCCACUGAGUCUACCACCCAGGCUCUCCCCACUGUCGAGGAGUCGAGCACCAGCCUCCUGCCCACUGCCACCGAGUCGACCUCGUCGCAGUCUCCCAGCGCUACCGAGUCGAUUGCCAACUCGACAUCGACUCAGGCUGUCCCCACGGCUACGCCCACCGUCUCGGUUGAGGAGAACGACAACGGCAUUGCCACCCUGUUCGAGACUGUGUACACCACUGUCAACUUCACCAUGACCCGCUCUGGCACUGCUGCUGUCCCUACCGCGACCGACUCGGCCAACGUUACCUCGACUGCCGACCCCGUUGUCAACGCCACCUCGACUGUUGACCCCGUUGCCAACGCUACCCAGACCGUUGAGCCUACGGCGUCGGCCAGCGACGUUGUCAACGCCACCUCGACUGUGGAGCCUACUGUCAACGCCACCUCGACUGUGCAGCCAACUGCCAACGCUACUGCCACCGUGGAGCCUACUGCCAACGUCACUGCCACUGUCGAGCCCACCGCGACCUCGACUGUUGUCCCUACCGCCUCGGUGAACGCGACCUCGACUGUUGACCCCGUCUCGUCGGCUGAGCCUACUCUCAACUCGACAACCACUGUCGACGCCGUCCAGCCUGAGGCCACCACUUCGGCUUCGGUUGACCCGUCUUCGUCUGUCCCGGCCUCGGCUGAGCCCAGCGUCACCGAGAGCAGCACGUCCGAGGCUCCCCUGUCGACCUCUACUCCCUCGUCGUCUGUCGAGCCCACUGUCCAGACUACCGACUCUGCUUCGCCUGCCCCUACCGGCAGCGAUGUGACCCCGACGUCCACCGCAACGACCGCCGAGGCUACUGCUUCUGAGAUCUGCGCGCGUGACAGCUACUACGAGGACGACUACGAGAUCCUCUGGGUCGAGGAGCACGAGAUCCGUGCCGACGACGAGAUCCUUGAGUAG